GAACCAGUGUCUUUCAUUUGUCAAUUGAAGAUAUCAAAGUACAAACAAAUUCGUGGUCAGAAUUCAGUCUCUCAUUUCUACAAAACACUUCUCACCAUCUUUCUUCCCAAAUCCAAAUUCUUGAUAAUCAAAUCAUGGCUUCUUCUUCUUCCUUUCAACUCUCAAGCCUUCAAAUUCAAACCCCACCUCUAAAAAAAUCCAACUUUUUUGGUCAAUCUCACAACCUUAACCCUAGUAAUAUUCAUACUAAAUCAACUCUGAAACCAUCUUUUACCUCAAUUACUACUGCAAAAUUCAAUCUUUAUGAGAUUCUUGGAGGUAGAGGUCUUUGUAAUGGAGAAGAAGGUAUACAAAAAGAGCUAAAAAAGUCAGUUUCAGAAGAACAAUCCUCAGCAAAAUCAGCAACUGUUGAUAAUAAUAAUAAUAAUCAAGAAAAGAUGGAAACUGGGGAAUUUCCUGAAGAUGGAUUUGAGAAAGAAAUGAUGGGGUUAGUUGGUGGAUUUCCUGGAGGUGAAAAAGGUUUAAAGAAAUUCAUAGAAAAAAAUCCACCACCUAAGAAAACAGAAUCAAGAAUGGAGGGUUUUAAUCUGAGUCUUGUGAAGAAACCAAAGCCACCUGAAUUACCACUUUUAUUACCUGGAAUGAUUGCUAUUGUUAAGAAUUCUAAUAAUCCAUAUUAUAUGUAUUGUGGGAUUGUGCAAAGGAUUACUGAUGGAAAAGCUGCUGUGCUUUUUGAAGGUGGGAAUUGGGAUAGAUUGAUUUCUUUUAGGCUUGAAGAGUUGGAAAGAAGAGAGAAAGGUCCACCAAUGGUGAAUCCUAGGUCUGUGAUUCUUGAAACCAUGUUAGAAAAGAGUUCUGAAUCUUGAUUUGCUGUCGAAGGGGAGCCUCUCGUAAAGUUGUUGUACUGUUGUCAGGAGGUCACGGGUUCGAGCCGUGGAAACAACUUGUUGCAGAAAUGUAGGGUAAGACUGCGUACAAUAGACCUUUCUGAUCUGGUCCUUUUCCGGACUUUGCGCAUAUCGGAAUCUUAGUGCACGAGCCUGCCUUUUAGUCAUAUCCUUUGUUUCUUUUUGUCUUUUGGUUGUUGUACAUACAAGAUGUAAUAAGAAAUGCAGAAUGCUUUUGUGUAGAAAGAGUGUAAUUCUAUUGAUUCUGGUAAUAUAUGUUCCAUUGUUGAAA